CCUCCACCAGUCAACGCGGAUGGCCUGCUCUUCAUCUCCAAGGAUGCGGUGUCAGCAGCUAUCCACGCUAACCGUCGUUGUGCGGCAGAGGAGGGCGCUCAGGAUCAGCCGGAGAGCUCUGCAGGGUGGAGAGCGGGCGAUGUAGCGCCUACACCAGAUAGCAAUGUGUCGAUGGACGAGGAGGAGGGUGUGUUCUAUGACGAUGAGGACGUACCGCCUCCCGGCGCCACUCCAUCCCGCUCAUUGCUGCAAACAUUGUCCGCUCCUCCUGCUGCGCCCGCGAAGAAGGCCCCAGCCAAGAACGAGAAGGCCAAGACGGCCACGAGGCACCUGCAAAGGACGCUGACGUGGACGAAGACGACGUCGGCUGCUCCCGGGACACCUGAGGCACCUGUUGAGCAGCCCAAGGCGAAGCGUAAGACGGGUGGCAAGUCCGGCAGCAAGAAGAAGUAG